AGAUACAAAAUCCCACGCCGGCCGCUAACGAAAGCCUUGUGCGCUCGUCAUAAGCCUCCGUCCGGGCGGUCCGGCCCCCCGUAAAGCCAAACCAAAACCUCCCUUUUCCCCCUCCGUUCCGCUCCCCUUCCCUCCCUCCCUCAGUCCCUCCUCUCGCGCGAUCCGCCGAUCCGGUUUCUCCGCGCCCGGUCGCCAAUCCGACCCCAAUUCCGCCGCUUGUUCUGGGUGCAAUCGGCGUUCCGCCGGUGUCGUUGAUGUGGCGUGGUUCGGGCGCCGGGCGGUGAUUUCAAGCUGUCGGUGCGUGGGUGGUGGUGGACUUGUGGUGUUGGCGCGGGCGCGGCGGCCCUCCAUGAGGCGGCGCCCGGUCCUGCCGUCCCACCACGACGACAUGGAGAAGGGCGGCGGGAAGCCGGCGUCUUCGCGCCUCUGCUUCCUCGCCACGCUCUGCGCCAUGUUCUGGGUACUUAUCUUCUACUUCCAUUUCGCCGUCGUCUCCAACGAGCCCGACGCCUCCGCGGCGCAGGCCGCCGAGGUGCGCGUUGCCCGCGCCCGCCUCCAGCUCCCCGUACCUGACGGCGCCGACCGCCUCGACCUGCCCCUCGCGCCGCCCGCGCGCACCGGGUGGUAUGGCACCAACCAAUUUUCCGUGGAUGUUAUCUUCGGCAACAGGAUGAAGCAGUACGAGUGCAUGACCAAGGACUCGUCCAUUGCCGCUGCGGUGUUUGUGCCAUUCUAUGCUGGCUUCGAUAUCGCAAGAUAUCUCUGGGGUUAUAAUAUCUCGACGAGGGACGCCGCGUCGCUUGAUUUGGUGGAUUGGUUGAUGAAGAAGCCUGAGUGGAAUGUGAUGGGUGGGCGUGACCAUUUCUUGGUCGCAGGGAGGAUCACUUGGGAUUUCAGAAGGCUGACGGAGGAAGAGUCGGAUUGGGGCAGCAAGCUGCUUUUCUUGCCGGCUGCAAAGAACAUGUCGAUGCUUGUGGUGGAGUCGAGCCCGUGGAAUUCAAAUGAUUUUGGAAUACCAUAUCCUACAUACUUCCACCCUGCCAAGGAUGCUGAUGUCUUCCUUUGGCAGGAUAGAAUGAGGAGCUUGGAACGCCCAUGGCUCUUCUCGUUUGCAGGCGCUCCACGUCCUGGUGAUCCAAUGUCCAUCAGGGGACAACUCAUAGAUCAAUGCAGGAGCUCAAGUGUUUGUAAAUUGCUGGAGUGUGACCUUGGGGAGAGCAAGUGCCACUCCCCGAGCACAGUCAUGAAAAUGUUUCAGAGUUCUUUGUUCUGCUUGCAGCCUCAGGGUGACUCCUACACAAGAAGAUCUGCCUUUGACUCCAUGUUGGCUGGCUGCAUACCUGUUUUCUUCCAUCCUGGUUCAGCGUACGUCCAAUAUACAUGGCAUCUUCCAAAGAACUAUACAAGGUACUCUGUCUUCAUCCCUGAAGAUGACAUCCGUACGAGAAAUGCCAGCAUUGAGGAGAGGCUAAAAAGUUUUCACCCAGAUGUGGUCAAGAACAUGAGAGAGGAGGUCAUCAAUCUAAUACCAAGGGUGAUAUAUGCUGAUCCAAGAUCGAAACUGGAAACCUUGAAAGAUGCAUUUGAUGUUUCCAUAGAGGCAAUCAUUAACAAAGUGACGAAGUUGAGAAGAGAUAUCAUCGCAGGCCACGAAGAUAAAGAUUUUAUUGAAGAGAAUAGCUGGAAGUAUAGUCUGUUAGAAGAUGGACAGCACACAAUUGGACCUCACGAAUGGGAUCCAUUCUUCUCAAAACCCAAAGAAAAAGGUGGAGAUUCUAGCAGUUCAUCUGCUGAAGCUGCCAAGAAUUCUUGGAAAAGUGAACAAAGAGGACAGAAUUAAACCACAAGCCAUAUCAUCUUGGAGAUGUGAUAAAGGGGGCAGAGUUAGCUACACUCUCUGAUGAUGCUGUGAUGCAAAUACAUUGCACAUAGGUCAAGAUCCAGUAGUUAUGGUGAUCAUGAGCAUCACUGAUGAUCUAGUUCACCCUACAGUUGUACGAAGCCAUUCCACUAAAAAUGCUUCGGGGAAAUUUGGCACACACCCUUUGCUUACCUUUAUAAAUACCAUUUUCCACACUAAUUUUUGUUUUUGAUGUUUUUGCUCAAUAAUCCUUUGUAAGCUCUUACAGGAUUUAGAGGUAUAUCGAUUUUGUUAUUGUAUUACCUUUUUUGUCGUGUUUAGAGCUAUGUCUUGGAUCUGUGGAUACACUAUUACAGUCUGUUCAUAUGUUCAGUUAGUAUGUAAUCAAUCAAAGAGGGACACAUGGAGACAAAUUUCCUCAUACAAGAUGCUCUGAUGUUCAGUUAGAAGGAA